AUGGCUUCUGGCAUGGAUGAACGUGAAGUUCAGAAAUCAUACUGGAUUCAGCAUUGUGCGGAUCUCUCUGUCGAGGCAAUGAUGCUCGAUUCCAAAGCUUCCGAUCUCGAUAAGGAAGAAAGACCUGAGGUACUUUCCCUACUUCCAGCAUUUGAAGGAAAAUCAGUUAUCGAGCUUGGAGCUGGUAUUGGAAGAUUUACUGGAGAGUUGGCCCAGAAAGCUGGUCAAUUGGUUGCUGUAGACUUCAUUGAAAGUGCAAUAAAGAAGAAUGAAAGCAUCAAUGGACACUACAAAAAUGUCAAGUUUUUGUGUGCCGAUGUCACAUCUCCAAACAUGCCUAUUUCUGAAGGAUCUGUUGAUGUGAUUUUCUCAAAUUGGUUGCUAAUGUAUCUUUCAGAUAAAGAGGUUGAGAAUUUAGCAGAAAGGAUGAUGAAAUGGUUAAAAGAUGAUGGAUAUAUAUUCUUCCGUGAAUCUUGUUUCCAUCAAUCUGGAGAUUCGAAGAGAAAUUACAAUCCUACUCACUACAGGGAACCCAGAUUUUACACAAAGCUAUUUAAAGAAUGCCAAAUGACUGAUAGUUCUGGGAAUUCCUUUGAACUUUCUCUUGUGGGUUGUAAAUGCAUUGGAGCUUAUGUUCGAAAUAAGAAGAAUCAAAACCAAAUUUGCUGGUUAUGGCAGAAAGUUAGAUCACAUGAUGAUAGAGGGUUCCAGAAGUUCUUAGACAGAGUUGAAUAUAGCGAGAAGAGUAUUUUACGAUAUGAGCAUAUUUAUGGUCGAGGCUUUAUAAGCGCCGGAGGACUUGAAACAACAAAGGAAUUUGUAGCAAAGCUGGGAUUAAAGGCUGGCCAGAAAGUACUGGAUGUUGGUUGUGGUGUUGGUGGAGGCGAUUUCUACAUGGCUGAAAAGUUUGAUGUUGAGGUUGUUGGUGUUGACCUCUCCAUAAAUAUGAUUUCCCGUGCUAUUGAACGUGCCAUCGGACUGAAAUACAAUGUUGAAUUUGAUUGUGUUGAUUGCUCUAAAAAAACAUAUCCUGAGAAGACAUUUGAUGUAAUCUACACUCGUGAUGCUAUGUUACACAUCAAAGACAAACCAACAAUAUUUAGAUCAUUUUACAAGUGGUUGAAACCUGGAGGUCAACUUCUAAUUACUGAUUACUGCAAAAGUGCUGGAAGUCCAUCAUCAGAUUUUGCCGAGUACAUUAAGGAAGGAGGAUAUUAUCUCCAUGAUUUGGAAGAAUAUGAGCAGAUGCUGAAGAACGCUGGAUUUGAUGUCAUUGUUGAGGAUCGAACUGAUCAGUUCGUGAGAACACUACAACAGGAGCUACUUGCUCUCGAGAGCCAGAAGGAUGAAUUUAUCCAUGACCUCAGUGAUGAUGACUACAAUGCAAUUGUGGAGAGAUGGAAGGCGAAGCAGAUCAGGAGUGAACGCGGGGAGCAGAAGUGGGGCUUGUUCACUGCCAAGAAAAUAUGA